AUGAAAAGUUUCUGUAUAACGGUUAUCAUCACAUUACUACAGCUGAUAUCCACUGUUUUGGGGAUCUCUCUUUAUGGAGACAACGUUGACCGACUCUGGAGUAGAGAGUUGGAAACUAUAUGCCCUGUUGCGACUGUUCAGCAUGGGUGCCCUCAUCUCGAUUUUGAGCACUUUUACGAGACAGAAAAUAUCAACCCAAAGUUCUCCCUUGAUUUAACAGACGUAAGGUGGCUUCCAAACCAGAAGUUAUACCAAGUUACUAUCCGUGCUUACAUAACGAAUGGAGAGAAGAUAGAUUUAAAAUAUCUGUGGUCUUUGAAAGCUAUCGGUUUGUCCAUGGGCACACAUCAAAUUUAUGGUUUCAACGAAGGAGUGCUUCCAGAAGGUUUUGACCCAUCCGAUUUUACCACAACCUUCUUGAUUAGAGGCCGCCCGGAUUAUGAAGAAUGUAUAGUGUGGUUAGACUACUUUCAACUUCAAUUUGAGUUUUUAGACGGUCAUACAGGUCAGUAUAGGUCAGACUGGUAUAGGGAAGGAUUUGGAAACUCUCAUUUUGAUUUGUCAGUUGGUUGCCAUAAUUCGAAUAAUUAUGGACAAUCGAAGGUGGGACUUCCAAACUAUUAUUGGCCAUUAGAAUGUGGAGAUGCAGAUUGUCAUAAUACCGUAAAAACUAGCUCAUUGCCUCCAGAGACAUCCAGUCAUCCGUUACCCCCCUCCAGUUCGAGCAUGCAUGCGACCUUCCGGACCACCAUGGAUCCUGCGUUCACGUCUCUUGCGACUAGUUCGAGUACUUUUGAAACUACCAGCCACCCACCACCUCCUGCCAGUUCAAAUGUUGUCGUUUCACUUGAAACCUCCAAUGAACCAGUCUCGACAUGGUCAACCGAUAAGAUUGCAGAUACAACCAGUUCUCGCCAUAUAAUCCCAUCACCAAUAUACUAUAGCUCUGUCAAACCAGCAGAGUCAGAAGACCGUGAGAGUUUCACGGCCAGGCCAUCACCUGUAACUUCCAGCUUGAUUGAGAGCCCUACUUUUACACUACCAAUCCCUGCUACUGCCUCUCAAAGAACACAAAUAACACCAGGUAUAAUUCUCUCAGAAACCACCGAUUUGAAGUUUGAAAUAACACCUCAUCCAGUGACGACUGUCACUCCUGUUGAAGAGAGCGGUACCACAGGAUACACUCGUGGUGAAAUGUCCACUCACAAUGUUUAUACUUUUGCCGGAAUUGCAAACUCAGUGAAUCCAGCAAUUUUGGGCUCCAUCUUUUUGAAUUUGCUUUUGGUCGUACUUUAA